AAACAAGCAAACAAAUUAGGGAUAAGGAAAGACAAUCUCUCUCUCUCUCUCUCUCAAGGCCGUCUCUCGUUUUUCUUCUAAAGUUUGAUUUCGUCUCUAAUUCGUUACCGUCCCAUUUUUUUCAAAAAAGAUACUCAAUCGAAUCCGAAGACCCCUUUUUCAGUUCUCUUCCCUUCCAUUAUCCUUUUCUCCUCCUCUACCUGAUCUGAAACUUUUGUCAGAAACAGAGUUUUCUCGAUUACGAUUGUGGUCAAUUGGUAAAAAUUUUAGUCAGCAGAAACGUAGCUCAAUCAAUUAGAUUACUUUGUGAUAAUUCGCAAGCAAAUGGAUUACUUUGAUCAAUUCAGCGAUUAGGGCUACUUGAUUCGAUCUGAGUGGUGGUUAUAGAUUCUGUCGAGCUAGGGAGGGAACACGAUUGAAGAUCUGGGUCAACUUGGGUUUUCUCUGGAUUAGCUUAUCGGGUCUGAUUAGAGGCGAAUUAGGGUGGGAUAGAUCGAAUAAAGAAGGCGGCUUUUUGAUUUGAAACUAUGGAUCGUGUGGUUGGUGGCAAGUAUAAGUUGGGACGUAAACUCGGAAGUGGAUCAUUCGGUGAAAUUUUUAUAGGUAAGAAUGUGCAAACUGGAGACGAAGUUGCCGUGAAGCUUGAACCUGCGCGUGCCAGGCAUCCUCAACUUCAUUAUGAGUCAAAGCUCUAUAUGCUUCUUCAAGGAGGAACUGGUAUUCCUCAUUUGAAAUGGUACGGGGUCGAGGGUGAAUACAACUGCAUGGUGAUUGAUCUUCUGGGCCCUAGCCUGGAGGAUUUGUUUAAUUAUUGCAGUCGGAGGUUUAAUCUAAAGACAGUUCUUAUGCUCGCAGAUCAGAUGUUGAACCGAGUUGAGUAUAUGCAUGUCCGGGGAUUUCUUCAUCGUGAUAUUAAGCCAGAUAACUUUCUGAUGGGUCUUGGACGCAAAGCAAACCAGGUGUACAUCAUUGACUACGGGCUUGCAAAAAAGUACAGAGAUCUCCAAACUCAUAGGCACAUUCCCUACAGAGAAAACAAGAAUCUUACUGGAACAGCUCGAUAUGCAAGUGUUAACACUCAUCUUGGUAUUGGUGAGUGUUGUUUUGCUCUUUUACUCUUCUAUGCUUCCAUCAUAUUUGUCAAUCUAAAACUGAGAUGUCUUGCCGCAGAGCAAAGUAGGAGGGAUGAUUUGGAAUCCCUUGGCUAUGUUCUUAUGUAUUUUCUUCGUGGAAGUCUGCCUUGGCAAGGCCUUCGCGCGGGUACAAAAAAGCAGAAGUAUGACAAGAUCAGCGAAAAGAAAAGGCUUACACCCGUAGAGGUUCUCUGUAAAUCAUUUCCAUCUGAGUUCACAUCAUACUUUCUCUAUGUACGAUCAUUACGGUUUGAAGACAAACCAGAUUAUCCAUACCUAAAGAGGCUUUUCAGAGAUCUGUUCAUCCGAGAAGGUUAUCAGUUUGACUAUGUAUUUGAUUGGACAAUCUUGAAGUAUCCACAGUUCGGUUCAAGCUCUAGCUCCAGCUCCAAACCAAGAUCAAGCCUUAGACCAGCUCUGAAUCCCCCAGUGCCAUCUGCCGAGAGACCAGAAAAACCUUCAGCUGGACAAGACAGCCGUGAGAGGUUCUCGGGUGCUUUAGAGGCAUAUGCUAGAAGAAACGGCUCAGGAAGCGGUGCGGUUCAAGCUGAUAGAUCUAGACCGAGAACCUCAGAGAAUGCAUUAGCAUCAUCAAAGGACACAAUAACACCACAAAACUACGAGAGAGUUGUUGAAAGACCAAUCUCUUCAACAAGACACGCAAGUUCUUCAAGAAAAGCCGCCAUUGUCUCCAGCGUCGUUCGAGCUACUUCUUCAGCUGACUUCACAGAGAACCGCUCGAGCAGAGUUGUUCCAAACAAUGGGCGUUCCUCAACCGCUCAAAGGACUCAGCAUGUUCCUGACCCGACCACUAGACCAUCGUCUUCUUCAUUUUCUCGAGCUGUGCCAUCGAGGACUGCUCGUGACACCGCGCUCCAGAACUUUGAGCUACUCACCUUAGGGAAUGGGAAGAGGAAGUGAGAAGCUCUGACAUUUCUAUGGCCUGGCCUACUUUACGAUGAUGAAUGAGUGGGUCAAACUGUGACAUUUCUCUUGGCCACUUUGUUUUUAUUGCGUGGUUUCCUAAUUCAAGGAAUAAAACGAACGUCAUUUGACUAAAAAAUGUAUUUGAUAAAUAUAUGGUUUUAGUUAUGAUAAUAUUUAUAAUUUAUCAUUA